AUGUGGGCUUUAAACUAUGAGACUACCAAAAAAGAUUUCGCAGGAAAAUCGUAUCAAUCAACGACAACACUCGACAAACCGACGACAAGGUGUAUGGUUUCCGCUAAGAAGCAUGUUCCUAUCGUCAAGAAGCGCACGAAGCGCUUCCACAGACAUCAGAGUGACACCUACAUGUGUGUCGACGCCAGCUGGAGAAAGCCAAAGGGUAUCGAUAACAGAGUCCGAAGACGUUUCAAGGGACAAAUGGUUAUGCCAUCGAUUGGUUUCGGAUCCAACAAGAAGACUCGCCACAUGAUGCCAUCCGGCCACAAGGCUUUCCUCGUCAACAACACCUCCGAUGUUGAACUUCUCCUUAUGCACAACAGGACCUUCGCCGCAGAGAUCUCCCACUCCGUUUCAUCGAGAAAGAGAGUUGAGAUUGUUUCACGCGCCAAGGAACUUGGUGUUAAGGUUACCAACGCCAAGGCAAGAGUUACGACUGAGGUUUAA